AUGAGGUGCUCCGCCACGGCCCUGGUGGGGGGCCUUUUGGUUUUGGUUAUUUGUGCAUCUACCUUUGUCGGAUCGCCAGCUUCUGCAGCCGUAACAAAUAAAAAGGUCUCUGUUUCGGAGGUCUCCUUUGAUAGUCACAUAGAAGAUAUUCAGUGGUGUGGGGCGGACCAUCGGACAAUUCUUUUGAAGACCCGCAAAGGACGCCUGUACCGAUCCAAAGAUGGAGGGAAGAGCUGGAUGGAAAUUACAGAUCUACUGAAGGCGGAGGAGGAGGGGAGCGCAGUUGUUGUAGACAGCAUCAUGAUCUCACCAGUGAACAAGAACAUAGUUGUUGUGGUGGGGGCCCAUAGAAACCAUUUUGUUUCGGAGGAUGCUGGCGUAUCAUUUCGGCGGAUCAAGUACACAUCUACCAUUCAUAACUUCCAUUUUCAUCCCACCCGCUCGACUUAUGCACUCGUUUCGACGUGGACGGACCCCUGCUACUCCAAGACCACGGGCAGGAGAGGGGAGGAAUGCAAUCACCAGCUCUACUAUACUACCGAUCUUGGCAAAACCUUCAAGUUGGUUGGUGAAUAUGUAGUGCAGUUUUCAUGGGGAGACAAGAAUAUUGGAGUGCAGGACAACAUUUACUUCACCCAGCAUAGGGGAAAGUCUGGAGAUCAGCCACGAUACGGAGGAUGGUCCAAGAAUGUGGAUUUAAUGGUUACGAAAGACUUCGGACGCACAGUAAACCGUUUGGUUUACAGGGGCAAUAGAUUUCUUCUUUCGAACGGCUACUUCUUUGUGGCGAAGGUAAAAGACGCCGUCAAACAGACGGUCAAUCUCCUCGUUUCCACUGACGGUGGAAGCACCUUUGCGGCGGCGAAGUUGCCUGUUGAAAUAGAGGAGAAGAGCUAUACAAUCCUUGACACGUCGGAGGGGGCCAUCAUGCUGCAUGUGAACCAUGGAGGAGACGGGGGCAAGGACACCGGCAAUGUGUAUAUCUCUGACGCCAAGGGCGUUCGCUUCGCGCUGUCUCUUCCCAACAAUAUCAGGGCUGGGACAGGGGAGUGCGAGUUUGAUAAGGUGCUUUCAAUGGAGGGCGUUUACAUCGCGAACUUCAGGGACAAUGUGGACGCAGGAGGAGUGGCAGAAGCUGCAGAGCAGGAGCAGAUGCAGCAGGAGGGUGAAGCUGAGGGAUUGCAGACCGAGGUCGAGAAGAAGCAUGAAAGGGUAUCCAAUAGGGCAAGAAAAGAAGAAGUUACGCGCACGGCCAUUACCUUCGACAAAGGAGGAGUGUGGAGCUAUGUGAAGGCUCCCAAAGUCGACAGCAGAGGGCAGAAAAUAGACUGUCCGCCCGACCGCUGCUGGCUGCAUCUGAAUGGAAUCACCAAGUUUGACGAAUUUGCUCCGUAUUACAGUGUGGAAAAUGCUACGGGCAUUGUCAUGGCCACGGGCAACGUCGGCAGCUAUCUUCGCUCAGAAAAGGAUGAAGUUAACACCUACCUCAGCAGAGACGGGGGCCUUACGUGGAUCGAGGCACACAAGGGAGCCUUCAUUUACGAGAUGGGAGAUCACGGCGGGCUGAUCGUUAUGGCCGACGAUACCCGAAAAACAAAUCAGGUGGUGUUCAGCUGGAAUGAGGGUCAGAGUUGGUACGAUUUUGAACUCGGAUCUUCACCUCUCUUCGUCGACAACAUCGUCAUUGAACCAAACUCCUCCAGUGUGGAGUUCCUUCUGUAUGGAAAGAGGGAAAACGACAGUGCUGGCGUUCUUUUCCAUCUCGAUUUUGCCGCCCUUAACCAACAAAAGUGCAAGGGUAUUUGGGCAGCGGACUCUGUAUCGAGUGACUAUGAAACAUGGAGCCCCUCGGACGGAAGAUCGGGAGAGAAGUGCAUUUUGGGAAAGCACAUUACAUACACGCGCAGGAAGCAGACAAGCGAAUGCUUCAAUGGCCGAGACUUUGAGAGGCCGCGCAGUGUUCAGGUUUGCCCCUGCACAAUCGAGGAUUAUGAGUGCGAGUAUGGCUUUGAGCGGUCGGUCGGAUCUGUGCACUGCCUUCCAACGGAUGCAGCGGCAGCGGCGGCAUCGACUGCUGCAGGCUUAAAUCAGUUCGCGGAUGCUGAGGAUGCGGCAGCGGCAGCUGCCUGCACAUCCUCUGCCUUCUUCUACACUGCUGCCUACCGGAAGGUACCUGGCGAUGUCUGCGAAGGCGGUUGGGCGCCAGAAAAAGUAGCAGUCCCUUGUCCACCACACUCUCCAGUAAGCAGGGGAGGGAAGCUGGUCUUGCUGCUCAUCUCGCUCAUCGUCCUGCUUAUGUGCAUCUUCAAUUACCUAGCGAGGACGGGCAGACUCAAGGCCUUCUUUAGAAACGCGGGCUUCGACACGUUCGCAAAUGUGUCGUACGCUAUCAUCGGCAGCAGCCCCGUGGGCUGGGCAGAUGAAGGGGAUGGAGAUAGGUGCAAAAGGAGGGGCCAGGGGGAAGAAAUGGGGGGUAGAAUGAGAGGAACCGCCAAGUAUGAGCCGGAGUUAAAUUUCAUCGAUGCAGAGCAGGAUGAAAAUGAAGAUGAUGCACCUCGCUUGAUGUCUUACACCAACGGCCUUCCCCGAACAGGCGCGCAUGGCAGCACCUGUGGUUCCCGAUUUUCGCCUAAGGGGGCCACUGGAGGUGAAGACUUUGAGCUGGGGGGGCCGACCUCUUCUACAUCCUCAGUGACGCAGAGACCUAUUUCCCCCCAAACCGCGACCACGGUGCCAGUGAGUAUUUCUCAUAAAUGUAAUUCCUGCCUCCUCUGUGAUUCCGUGUAUCCGAGCUAA